CGUCUGGAGUCUGCUCUGAACUUCAGAAAGCUUCAAGCUUUGGCUUCGCUAAACGAUGGGGAAGAAAACGAAGAAGCCCGGGAAAGGAAAAGAGAAAACCGAGAAGAAAACCGUGAAAGCAGAGGAAAAGAGAGUUCGUCGAGAGACCAAAAAGCUCUCUCCUGAAGACGACAUUGAUGCCAUUCUGUUGAGUAUACAAAAGGAGGAAGCCAAGAAGAAGGAAGUCCACAUUGAAGAUAAUGUCCCAGCUCCAUCUCCAAGAUCAAACUGUACGCUGAACGUUAACCCAUUGAAAGAAACUGAAUUGAUCCUCUAUGGAGGCGAAUUCUACAAUGGUAACAAGACAUUUGUCUACGGUGAUCUUUACCGGUAUGACAUCGAAAAGCAGGAAUGGAAGUUAAUUUCAAGUCCCAAUAGUCCGCCGCCUCGAAGUGCCCACCAAGCAGUUGCUUGGAAGAAUUAUCUUUAUAUCUUUGGUGGCGAGUUCACGUCUCCAAAUCAAGAGAGGUUCCAUCACUACAAGGACUUUUGGAUGUUAGACUUGAAGACAAAUCAAUGGGAACAACUCAAUUUGAAAGGGUGUCCAAGUCCACGGUCAGGUCAUCGAAUGGUACUAUACAAGCACAAGCUGAUUGUUUUUGGUGGCUUCUAUGACACUCUUAGAGAAGUGAGGUAUUACAAUGAUUUGUAUGUUUUUGACUUGGAUCAAUUCAAGUGGCAAGAAAUAAAGCCUAGGCCUGGAUCCAUGUGGCCAAGUGCCAGAAGUGGUUUUCAGUUUUUUGUUUACCAGGAUGAGAUUUUCUUAUACGGUGGCUACUCCAAAGAAAUUUCACCCGAUAAGAGUGGCUCCGAGAAAGGAAAUGUUCAUUCUGACAUGUGGUCCCUUGAUCCUAAAACUUGGGAAUGGAACAAGGUAAAGAAAAGUGGGAUGCCUCCAGGGCCUCGUGCUGGGUUCUCCGUGUGUGUUCAUAAGAGGCGCGCUUUGCUGUUUGGAGGGGUGGUGGAUAUGGAAGUUGAAGGUGAUGUGAUGAUGAGCUUGUUCUUGGAUGAACUUUAUGGCUUCCAAUUUGACAGCCGUCGCUGGUAUCCAUUGGAGCUGCGGAAGGAGAAAACAACGAAGAAGUUAAAAAAGAGUUCUGAACAAAAGGGUAAUGGUGAUAAUAAGACAAAUUCUACGGAAGUAGAGGAGCUUGCAACAAACGACAAAGAUGAGAAAUCAGAGUACGAUGAAGAAGCGGAUGACAUGGAAAGUGACAUUGAUGAAAUGUCACAGCAUAUGACAACAAGCAUGACUGUUGACGAUGGUGGAUUAGCUGCUAAAUCGAAUGGAAAGAUUCCAGAAUCUACUGCUAAAUUGGAUUUACCAAAUUCUGGUUUACCAGAGAUAGUGAAGCCCUGUGGACGAAUCAAUUCCUGCAUGGUCGUGGGGCGAGAUACACUAUACGUAUAUGGCGGUAUGAUGGAGGUUAAAGAUCAAGAAAUUACACUAGAUGAUUUGUAUUCGCUUAAUCUUAGCAAACUUGACGAAUGGAAGUGCAUCAUACCGGCGUCCAAAUCUGAAUGGGUAGAAGCCUCCGGGGAUGAAGAUGAGGAUGAAGAUGAUGGGGAAGAUGAAGGUGAAGAUGGUAGUGAUAGCAACAGCGAUGAGAGUGAUGAUGAUGAUGAGCCAGAGAGUAGCAAAGAUGGAUCAGUACAUUUGGGUGAUGCUGUUGCUUUAAUCAAGGGUGAGGGAAAGAAUCUUCGAAGGAAGGAGAAACGGGCAAGGAUAGAGCAAAUAAGAGCCAGUCUCGGCCUUUCAGAUUCACAAAGAACUCCAAUGCCUGGAGAGUCAUUGCGAGAUUUCUACCGGCGUACGAAUUUAUACUGGCAAAUGGCUGCACAUGAACACACUCAACACACUGGAAAGGAGCUUCGGAAAGACGGUUUUGAUCUCGCUGAAGCUCGAUACACAGAGCUUAAACCUAUUCUGGACGAGCUGGCCAUAUUGGAGGCAGAGCAGAAGGCCGAAGAAGCGGAAGCGCCCGAAACUAGUUCUAGAAAGAGAGGCAAGAGGAAAACUACGCAUUAAAGUCUCCAUAUAGGUUUUUUGCCCCGGUACUGCCAUCAAGUAGUGUAGAUUUAGUCUAGUCAUUUUUGACUUGUUGCAAAUUUACAGUUAAGUUAAUUCAUGUGACAAUUGACAAAUACAUAUAUGCUUUCUCUCUUUCAUAGUGCCCCGCACAGUUAUUUUUUUAAGGUAAUUCCCAGAUAAUUUGUUUUAUAGCUGCAGAA